CAUGACAACAUAUUUGGGGUAUCUGCUAACAUGUAGGGUCAUGAAUCCACCUUGGUAUAAGUCGCUGUCCUAAAAUGGAUAGACAUAUGUUCCUCUCUGGCAAGAAAAUCCGCUGCAAGCACAACUUAUCCACACUGACCUCAUUUUGGGUAAUAGGUUCAAGGACUAGGGAGUGGCUGCUGUUCACAAAUAUUCUCACUUGUAUCCUUUUCUCCACUAUAUAUAGGACCCUUGAUUUGAGUAAAUCAUCAACAUCCCUUCUUUCCAUCCUGCAUUCACCAGCUUAGUUCCCUCCUUAAUCAAACCUGUAGAAAUAUGGAGUACUCCCACUUGCAACGCCAGGCUGCCUACAUGAAAAAGAGCCUCUUUGAUCAGGGUUACCUAAAUGAGCAAUUCUAUCAGCUGGAAGAGUUGCAGGAUGAAGAUAGUCCAAAUUUUGUGGAAGAUAUGGUAACAUCGUGCUUUAGGGAUUCCACUAGAUUACUUAGUAAUAUCGAGCAAGUUCUGGAGAAAUGCCCCCCAGAUUUCGGCAAGCUGGACACCUAUAUGCAUAAGUUCAAGGGCAAUACUUCCAGUAUUGGAGCCUCCAGGGUGAUGAAUGAAUGCACACAGUUCAGAGAAUGUUGUGACGAAGAAAAUAUUGAAGGAUGUCUGAAAUCAUUCCAAAAGAUGAAGAGAGAACAUGCUGUUUUGAGACAGAAGCUGGAGUCUUACUUUCAGUUGUUGAGACAAGAUGGCCCUGUCGAGCGAGCUGCGAGAGCUAGCAAUUGAAAUCGCUGAACCAAAUCAACGCACAAUCCUGCUAAGCCUAUUGAGCAUAUAUAGCUAAUGAGUAUAUAAGUAACUUUCGCAAUGAGAAUAAGUGAUGUAUGUUUUUAAGUUAUAAGUCUGCAAUAGACGAUGUUUCUGUGCCUAUAUUAGCAGCUUAAACGGGUCAAAUGUAUUCCCCAUCAUAAUUUUCAGUUCAAUGCAGUCUCUCUGUUCUUGCCCA